CUUGUGUCUUUCAUCUUCUUCUUAAUCAAAGUCCUUUCAACAUGUCUUUUACCAAUAUUUUCCUUAUUUCCUGCAUUUUCUUCCUCCAAACAACAAUUAUUGCAGCUAAUAAUCCACUUAGCUAUUCCUGCAUAAACUCACAAAACUUCACAACAGGAUCUCACUAUGAACUUAACCUUAACAAGCUUACUGGCCUUCUCGUCUACUUAACCCAACCCACCGGCUACGCGCAAGCCACCGUGGGGCAAGCACACGGGCUAGGGCUGUGUCGAGGCGACGUUUCGUCGUUUGACUGUUUGAGCUGCAUCUCAGAAGCAGGUAUCCAGGCUAGGAAACUUUGUCCUGGAAAUAAAGGGGCUGUUAUAUGGUAUGAUCAUUGCAUGUUCAAGUACCUUGAUCAAAAUUUCUUCGGUCAGAUUGAUCAAAGUGUGGCAGUUUCCCUGCUGAAUGUUAAUAAUGUGACUAAUAAUCAGAUGCUGUUUAUCCAGAAAAACAAUGAGUUAUUGGGUAAAUUGUCUGAAGAAGCUUCUGUUGAUACAAAAAGAUAUGCAAGUGGUGAGAUAAUUGUUGAUGGGAAUACUACAAUAUAUGGGUUGGCUCAAUGUACUAAGGAUCUUUCAAGCUAUAAUUGUAAAAAGUGCCUUGAUUAUCAAAUUACUAGCAAUUUACCAAAUUGUUGUGAGGGAAAGAGAGGUGGGAGAGUUCUUGUUGGAAGUUGUAAUGUGAGGUAUGAGGUUUAUCCCUUUGUGAAGCUCUAAAAGGCUUCAUCUUGCAUGGACGACUAAGACUCGAUCCCAAGAUUUCUGAGAUCGGAGGUGAUACCAAUACCACUAGACUAUCACCUACUGCUCACCUAGUAAGAGGUUUAAAUUGUUAUGUAAACAUAUAAUGUGUACUAUAUUAUAUAUACUAUAAAUUCAGAAAAAAAUAUACAUCAAUGUUAUAAAUUCGAAAAAAUAUGACUGUUAA